CUUGCAAAGUUGGAUUUUUUUGUUUUUGUGUGUUGUUUGUUUCCCCUAGGUCAAUUAGUAACGCGACACCUACUCCUUAAAGUUUGGUGCGCUUUGUUAAUUCUCUCCUUUUCUGUGUGGACACCGAGAGGGAGAACAUCUGCAGCCCGACAUUCCGAACUUGUGCUCCGAGACAAACACAGUCUUCUCUAAAACAAUGGCCGGACGUCUCAAGGACUAUCAUCACUGUCCCGGCUGUUCGAAAAUCUUAAGAGAUCCUCUCAUGCUGCUGUGCGGUCACAACAUCUGCCGUCCAUGUCUGCAUCAGUUGAUUGCCACAAACCAACGAUUGUGUCAACUCUGUGGGAGAGCGUUUGGAUUGAGGGAUCCGCGUCCGAACGUUGCAGUCAGGGCGAUAUGUGAGGACCUUUCCAUUGUCAAGUCAGAAGACAUGUGCAGCUUGCACAAAGAGGAACUCAAACUCUUCUGUUUGGACCACCAGGAGCUUGUGUGCCAUAACUGCACGAAUGCAGAAAUCCACCUUGGUCACACGUUCCGGCCCCUCAAAGAAAUUGUGAAAGGUCUUCGUAAGGAACUCCAGGAAGGCCUGCAAAAGGCCAAGGGAAGACUCAAAGAUUACAAUGACUGUAAAGCCAACUUAUUUGAACAGGCAAGGUACAUCAAAGACCAGGGGGGGAAUGUGGAACGCAAGAUUAGGAAGGAUUUUAAGGAGCUCCGUCUCUUUCUCGACAUCGAGGAGGAGACCAGGUUGGCUGCUGUCAUGGAGGAAGAAAAGAAUAAGAGUCAAACGAUGAAGGAGAAGAGAGCGGCUCUCGGCGAACAAAUCGCCGCUCUCUCGGAUGUCGUCAGCAGCACUGAGAAGCAGCUGAGGUCUGGCAAUGCUUCUUUCGUAAAGAACUUCAAGACUGCGAUGAGCAGAAUCCAGGAGCUGCCUGAGAAGCCGCAGCUGCUACCAGGAGCUCUGCUGGACGAAGCCAAACACGUGGGCAACCUCAAGUUCAAGGUGUGGGAGCGGAUGAAGGAGACGCUCGCCUACAGUCCAGUCAUUCUGGACCCCAACACAGCCAAUCCAAGAAUCUGUCUGUCCAAAGAUCUGACCAGUCUGAGUUUGAAAGAAUUACAGCAGGAGCGUCCAAAGAAUUCAGAGAGGUUCCAGGGGGAGAGUCUGCUGGGUUGUGCUUCGGACCCGGGAAGACAACAAUGGCUGGGAAUUGGGGGUUGUGCGGAUGGACCUUCGUUUGCCAGAGAAAAUGAAGGGUUGGAUCAUUGGAUUUUGUAAUCAGGCAUAAAAUUGGGUCACGGAUUGAUGGGGGGAGAAUAUGACGUGCCUUAACAUUAGCACAUUAUGUAUGAUUGCCCCUGUGCCUUCUGAAGGGGAAAAGAUAUUGUCAUCGCACACACUAUAUAAUUGUUUGCAUUAGUCUAACACAUAUAUAGUCUAACACACACAUAUGGUACAGGUUCUCGUGGGCACCGUCUAACUGUUUGCAUUAGUCUAACACACAUAAUAUAAUCAAUCAGGAAAUAGUAUCAUUUUCAUAUUUACGGUAGGACUACACUACUAAUAUAAAAUAAAUAGCACCCCAUAGUUUAAUGAGAAGAAAUAGAAGAGGUACACAAUGCCGUCUUAUCACAAGAUUGACGCACCAACUCUUGCAAUCAGCUCUCCCAGCAAAGUCCAAGGACAAAGCGCUUUGUCCUAAAACAAGUACAACCAGCCCGGACAGCAAAGUUGAUAGCGGGCGUCCCAAUCCGCGCACGAACCUAAGCCGCCUAAAACCGGCCACCAAGGGGAAGACCCAAAAGCAACGCCCAGACCCACCUUCGGACACGCCUUCGACAUGACCCGCAUCAGCAAAGACCUUAAAAAGACUGGACACUGAGAUAAUAUUUUUUUCUGCUCGGAAACAUGUAGCCUUGUUUUGGAUCCAGAAUUGUCCCUCUGUCGUCUGUUUUUGCCUUGUUUUUACCAUUGUCGACGAAUAAAUUUUCAACCUG